AACUAUCUCUUUGACCAUAUCUAAUUUUCUUACAACCUUAGCCCUCCAUUUAUUUUUUGAGAAAUAUCGACCCUCCAUUCAUAACCGUGCAACCUAAUAGAAAAACUGACUGAAUGCUUGCUGCACAGGCUGAUCUUUACAUCACCUUUUUUUAUAGCAAUCAUGCAGUACCUUAGUCUUGCCAAAAGCUUGUCCUGGUAACUUUCCAUCACUUUGAGGCCUUGAGCCACUAUGUAUUUCUGUCCCAGACCACACACCAAUUCAUUCAAAUCCCCUGCCAUAAUGAAUACGGUCCUGUGUCUCCCUAUAAGCUACCAUGUCCAUUGGAGAACUCGACAUAAUAAGGCACUGUAAAUGAGUACACCUAUUGUCCAGUUUCUCCAUCUACCAUCUAUCUAUAAAACUCACAGCUUGCUCCCCUCCUCUAUUGAGAAAGCUACCUCCAAAGAUCCAGCAUGAUUCCCGAGAUCAAACAGUCAAAAUAUGUCUGCGUGAUUGGUGCAGGGCCUUCAGGGUUAGUUGCUGCAAGGGAGCUGAGGAGGGAAGGACAUUCUGUGGUGGUCUUGGAGCAAAACCAUGAUAUUGGAGGACAGUGGCUAUAUGACCCAAGGGUGGAAGAAGAAGAUGCCUUGGGUAGGGUCACUCCGUUGAAGGUCCAUAGCAGUGUCUAUGCCUCCCUUAGGGUAAUGUCCCCUAGGUUGUCCAUGGGUUUCACUGAUUUCCCAUUUUUGGCAAGGAAGGGAAGGGAUAUGAGAGCAUUUCCUGGUCACAGGGAAAUUUACUUGUAUCUCAGGGAUUUCUGUGACUGGUUUGGAUUGAGGGAGCUGAUAAGAUUCGAUACUAGAGUAGACAAUGUAGCCAUGGUGGGUUCUGCAGAGUCUGGCAACAACUUGAAGUGGGUUGUUGGAUCCAAAGCGACGAAUGGUGGAAAGGUUGUGGAAGAGAUUUUUGAUGCAGUAGUUGUGGCAAAUGGGCAUUAUUCUCAGCCAUGGAUGCCAAACAUUAAAGGAAUGGAUGUUUGGACAAGAAAGCAAAUACAUAGCCAUGUAUACAGAGUUCCUGAGCCUUACCGCGAUGAGGUUGUAGUAGUAGUUGGGAGCUCACUGAGUGGCCAAGACAUAUCUAUGGAACUUGUAUCUGCAGCAAAAGAAGUGCAUAUUAGUUCCAAAUCUUUAGAAAUCUCGGAGGGCUUAUCAAAGGUCAUUUCCAAGUAUCCAAACCUACACCUACAUUUACAGAUAGACUCUCUUUGUGAAGAUGGACAGGUUUUAUUUGUUGAUGGCUCCUCCGUGAUUGCUGACUCUAUCAUUUAUUGUACAGGGUAUUCCUAUUCAUUUCCAUUUCUUGACACUAAAGGAAUAGUGGUGGUAGAUGGUAAUAGAGUGGGGCCUUUGUAUGAGCACACAUUUCCCCCAUUACUUGCUCCAUCUCUCUCUUUUGUGGGCAUUCCGAAGAAGAUCCUUGGGUUUCCCUUCUUCGAAUCGCAAGCAAAAUGGAUAGCGCAACUACUAUCCGGUAAAAAAACAUUGCCCUCGUCAGAUGAUAUGAUGAAGGCCAUUAAGGAAUUCUAUCGAACAAAGGAGAUUGAAGGCAUACCAAAGCGCAAACAACAUGAGAUCGCCAGCUUUGAGUAUUGUGAUAUGUAUGGAGAUAAUUGUGGAUUCCCACACUUGGAGGAGUGGAGGAAAGAAAUCUGCCUCUCAGCUUUAAAAAAUUGUCUCAUGAACUUGGAAACUUGUCGUGACCAAUGGGAUGAUGAUGAUGAAUGGCUUCAGGUGGCAUACGAGAGCCAUUGUUUUACCCAGCUAUAUGACGCCAAUGAUGUUGCGCUCUAACUUCUUCUUGGAGGACUAUUGUGAUCAAGUUAUUCUUCAUUCAUAUGCUUCUCUUUGUCCAGUGUAUCCACCAAGGAUGCAUUAUAAAGAAUUGGAAACAAGAAAUGAGUUAUCAUGUAAUCACAUAUUUAUAACCACUUGGCGGUACUUUUAUGUUGUCAGAAAUUAUUUAUCUCACAUUUGCUC